AUGGACGGGUAUGCCAAGAUCCGCGUCCUAGGCGAAGGCUCAUUCGGCCUCGUGUAUCUCAUGCGCGAGAAGGCUGAGCGCGGUGGGCUCGUCUGCGUCAAAGACAUUUCGGUCCAGACCAAGACCGGGCUUGCCGACAGCGUCCAGGAGGCGCGGCUCCUCGCUCGCCUCUCGCACCCCAACAUCGUCGCAUACAAAGAUGCAUUCAUUGCGCGCAACCAACGCCACUACUACAUCGUCAUGCAGUACUGCUCUGGCGGCGACUUGCACGCCAAGAUCACCGCUCAGCGCCAGCGAUUCCCAGAGCACGCGGUACUGCUCAUGUUUGUGCAAGUUUGUCUUGGGCUGCAUGCGAUGCACGCCGAAGGCAUCCUGCAUCGCGAUAUCAAGAGCCAGAACGUCUUCAUUUCCAACUCGGGCCAAUACAUCCUCGGGGACCUGGGCAUUUCACGAGAGCUAUCGGGCCGCAACAACAUGGCGUCCACCUUUGUGGGCACGCCGUACUUUUUGUCGCCCGAGCAGUGCGCCGGCGAGCGCUACACCUUCUCGGCCGACGUCUGGGCGCUCGGCUGCCUCCUCUACGAGCUCUGCGCACUCACGUAUCCCUUCACCGGCGCAACUACCCCGGCGCUGCUGACCAACAUUUGCAGUGGGUUCUACGUACCCAUUCAUCGCGAGUACAGUUUUGGGCUGCAAAAACUCGUCAUGAAAAUGCUCGCCGUAUCCCCAAGCAGCCGACCAAGCCUCACAGAAGUGCUUCAGAGUCCACUGCUAACAGCGCCGCUGCAGAGCUACGUCGCAGAUCUGCGCAAAUGUGCUUCAAAAGCCCACUUGGCAACGAUAAGCACCCAGCUCACAGCGCUAGACCUGUCCGACCUUUGGACCAAAGCCAAGUCGACGCAUGGCGCCUUCCUCUUCAACACGACCAUAACGCCGGUGCCGCAGUUCGCGCACGUCGAGGUCGACUUGGCGGACUGGCUCGAAAAGGAGCGGCAGCGCCAUUUGCUGCAGAUUCUGGAGCAUAUCAAGGCCAGCCAUGCCCUCGCGCGCGCGCCACCACCUCCUCCACCCGUAUCGCCGCCACAUCCGGUGAAGCGACUGCCCACCAUGCGCUCGUCGCCUUCGAUGGACCCCGAGUGGCAGCCGCCGGUGCAGGUCUCGCCACGCCCAGCAGUCGUCAAGCGGCACGGACCACGGCACAAAGGGGUCGUCGGCAGCUUCCGCCGAGGUGUGCCGCUAACCAACGACGCCAAGGCGUACCUUGCAACGGCGUGCAAAGAUGUGCGCGUUCUCCGAGCCCAAGCGUACCAAGACGCAGCGCGGGCGCGAGAUGCAGCAUUCGCCGUCGCGACAGUCGCCGAGACGAACGACGCAUGGGCAAUUCUCGAAGUCGAGUGCUACGCACAGCUGCAAGCGCUUCGCAAAUAA